UACAAAGAGUACUACCAUCAUUUCGGCGAAUAAUUCCUAGGGUUUCACUCCACAGGGUCAUAUAUAUAUAGCGCCUCAUCUUCCUCAUUCACAUUCUUCUGUUGCGCCCAAAACCCUAGCUCCUCUCAGAUCUUGAAGAGAUGGCCAAGUCGAAGAAUCACACUGCUCACAACCAGUCCUACAAGGCACACAAGAACGGCAUCAAGAAGCCAAAGAGGCAUCGCCACACUUCCACCAAGGGGAUGGACCCUAAGUUUCUGAGGAACCAGAGGUACGCGAGGAAGCACAACAAGAAGGGUGCUGAAUCCGUCACUGAAGAAGAGUAAAGUGCUGGUCACUGAUGGAGCUAUUAGGAUUCUCAGCUUAGAUUUCUUUUCAGGCUCUAAAUGUUUUGUUUUGUCGCAAACCUAUCUCUAUAUUAUAGUCAUUUUCAUGGUUUGUUCUGAUUCCAGACAGAAUGGUUGCUCUGAUAACAUCAUUGCUGUUUUUGUUGAAGACAUUUAAAUUUUAUCAGUGAGAUUUUUUAUGUUUCCAGUAA